UAUACAAUUGUUAGAUGCAAGAAAAUAUGAGCGGGAGAACGAAGCCGAGGAUGGCGGUCUUUCCGGGUCGAUCUUCUGCGGUGGCUGCCGCGUCGUGCCUCGAGACCACGUCGAGGUUCGUCUCGCGCUGCUUGUCGUCGUCCACCAGGAUCCACAUCAUGGCCCUGGACGGCAUCGUCAACGUCAACUCCCUCUUCACCGUCGCCCUCUUCCUCGGCCUCACCACCUCACCUGCCGACUCGAGGGUCGCGGGCCUGAUCUUCAGGGGCCGCGCUGCAUCCUGCAGGCCGGGCGCCGCUGUGGCGGAGGACCUCGUCGCCUUCCACGUGUACUCCUUCAGCUCCUUCCUCUUCUCGAGCCUCGUCGCGCUGGCUCUCAAGCAGGCCAUUAAGAUCAGCAGCGCUGCUGAGGAACAGGAAGGCGGGGACGAUUGUGGCGAAUGCGACUGGGGGCAUGGCGGGGCGACGACGGGGCACGUGAACACGGCGGCCUUUAGGGCGGGGAUGGCGGCUUCGGCGCUGGGGUCGGUGGCCGGGACGGGGUUCUUGAUGAUGGCGCUGGUGAACCUGGUGCAGAUGAAGCUGGGGACUUUGGGCUGCGGUGAGAGUGGGCAUAGUGUGGCUGCAAUCGUGCCAUUGGUGGUCUUGGUCCCUCUGGGCCUGGUCGUUUACUUGUGUCUUGCGAUCUAUGCGUUUACACGGUAGAGAUGGAAAACCAAAAAAGAAAAGAAACGAAUUUUUUUU